CACCAGGGUCAUGAGGAAGCCGGCCAAUGGCCAUGGGUGCAAAUUUGCGGAUGGGUAUGACAUCAUCCACCAUGAUCAUGGGUCCGAUGGUGCCAGGGGGCCAGCUAUCAAUACUAAACACUGCCCUAACCUAUCGGGGCACAGGUUCUGUCACCUCAUCAUGCACUCCGUGAAAGGUCAGCGGCGUUGCACUGCACGGCCUUCAAUUUUUCUAGAGUCCCUGGAUCCGACACGCGCGGAUACAGCUUCAUCGUUUCAUAAUUUAAGCCUUAGACGCUGAACAAAAAAGCCUAUCCGCACGAUGGAUGUCGAUCCGGGGUCUUCGUAUUAAGUUCUACUAGAACUAUGAUAGAAAUGGCAUUGGCGCGAGUGCAACUCCCUUGCAUCUUCCCCGAGCCAUUCUCGAGCGUCAGAAGUUCUUGCCAUGGCUUUUGCAAGUUCAAUCUCGCUGGAUACCGCAGCCGUAAUAUCGACGGCGUUGGAAGCCAUUUUAUACGGCUUUUCGGUCCUCAUGUUUAUCGGCACCAUGUGGGCACUGACCUACAAAAAUUCCAUGCGAGAUGUCAAUCGCCCAGUCGCCGCUGCAGCCGUCCUGCUGUUGGUAUUGAGUACCGCACACAUAGUCUUGAGCAUUAUUCGGACUGAAUACGGAUUGGUGACCUAUCGCAACACGUACCAAGAUGAUCCAGCGGUGUACUUUGCAGAUGUUUCUCAAGAAACGUAUGUGGUCAAGAAUUCAAUAUACGUUCUACAAACUCUUGUUGGUGACGCGGUGGCAAUUUAUCGUUGUUACGUCGUUUGGCAAGCUGCCUGGGUCAUCAUCCUACCAAGCAUGCUAUGGUGUGGCGUCGCAGUCACUGGUGCUCUUUCAGUCUACGGCGACUCACAAACCGGCAGUACCGGCAUCAUCUCUGCUAAAGUGAAUAUGGAAUGCAUGGGAGCAUUCUGUGCCUUUACACUUGCAGCAAAUUUGUCGAGUUCGGGAUUACUCGCGUAUCGCAUUUGGAAAAUCGAGCGCAAUGUCUCUACCUCUCGCGCUACAAAGGUCGUGACCACGAGUAUAAUGCGUGUAAUUAUGGAUUCUGCUAUCUUGUACACCAUAGCACUCCUCUCUACAAUAAUUGGAUCCUUCUGCUCGGGCAGUGGUCCGUUUCUUCUGAUAGACAUGCUCACGCCAAUCAUCUCAAUUGCCUUCUACAUGGUAAUCAUUCGAAUCGCAAUCGGUAAAAAGACUCACAGUCAGGUCUUGACUGUCCGUGGGGGGACGACCAGUGAAACGGAACGAGGGAGCUUGCCACAAUAUUCUAUGAAGCCUCUGCAGGUCCACAUAUCCCGCUCCACGCACACCGACAGUACUCGAGUGCACGGGAUUUGGAGCCAGAGCCGACUAUCGACAGGCAAGGAGUUUUUGGAUGAGACAUCUUGCGACGCAUUGUCAGGCUGAACUCAAUUACUGUUUCCACGGAAAUUGUUUGGGUAGUGUUAGCGGCAACCUUCGGUCGGUCCGAAGCGUGUGAUAGCGAAGGAGAAUCACUGGGACGAUGUAUGACUUGAAUUAGUCUUUGUACAAUUACUAUACGUCCUUCGCUUUCAUGAACAAUGGUAGCAAUCGUAGUGCUAGCGGUGUAGAUUAAUGGUUGCCGUCAGUAAAUUCAAGGAAGUACAGAUGAA